AUGAAGCGAGAAGCCCAGGCAGCUCGUACGGGGCAAAACCUCCAGAGGAAAAAAGACACCGGCCGAGGUGAACCAGACCCAAGUGGCUCAUCGAACCAAUUCCGAGACCGCCGGAGUGUUUUCGACCGGAUCGUGAAAGGCAGAUCGUCCACCUCGGACGCCGAGCUGACCCCGCUCAAUUCUAGCCGGUCUCACGUCUUGGCGGUGAUGAGGCAAAAUCACCUCGGUCGGACCCCUCCUGAGAUCCCGAGGAGGAGGGAUAGGAGGAACUCCAACCUUUAUUGUGCCUACCACCGAGAUGUCGGACACGAGACCGAAUACUGCAACGAUCUGAAGCGAGAAAUCGAGAACCUGAUCCGCCAAGGACACUUGAAGCAAUUCGUCCGCAAGGAUGGAGCUUACAACCGAAGCGCCUCCCACCGGAAGAGUCGGGGCCCUCGCCUAGAAGACAGGCGGAACACCAAGAUCCAUUGCCGAGAACCCGAAGACCGCAGGGAGGAUCAGCGCCCACCGCGCGACAGAUCACCGGGUUACGGCCCUAACAUUGUCGGGGUGAUCAACACGAUAGCAGGUGGCCCAACGGGAGAAGACAGUCAGAACUCCCGAAAACGGACAUACCGCCAGGACGGCAUGGAAGCGGCCGAGCCAAGUUCUCGAUUAUCCGUAGUGAUCACCUACGGUCCCAACGACCCUGUCCCUGCCGCCUCCAGCAAUCACGAAACUCUCGUGAUUGAAGUCCUCACUAAUAACUACAUAGUAAAAAAGGUCUAUGUCGAUCCCGGAAGCUCGAUAGACGUCUUGUACUACCGAACUUUCGAAAGUUUAAAACUGACCAGAGAGCAACUCACUCCUGUCAGAACCCCCCUUGUCGGAUUUGGGGGACACAUCGUCCACCCGGAGGGCGUGGUGACCCUGAUGGUGACUGUCGGGUGUCAUCCCCGUUGCCGAACUGUGCCUGUCAGCGUUACGAUGGUCAAAGCAGACUCUCCCUAUAACAUGCUGAUAGGCCGGCCCACGCUUAACGCUUUGAGAGCUGUUUACUCCACCUACUACCUGAGUUUCAAAUUCCCGACACCUGCGGGGGUGGCCGAGGUGAUCAGCGAUGCGAACGCCGCCUGA